GUAGGAUAUAUAAGUGCUGCUAUUUUCAAGCCAUGCAAGGAGAAACAAACGAUCGUCCGAAGGAAAAAGAGGAAUCAACAGGUUACAGCAAAUACGGAAUCACAGAUAUCCCGAAAACAUCAAUAGCUACGUCGUGGGGGCAGACCAAGACCUUAGCUGGGCUGAGUCGUACAGAGUGGUCCUUUCUUCUGGUGACCACUAUUAACAUAUUGACAGCCAUUGGGUUGACAUUGUACAGUUUCAUCGAAGUCAUCCGGAAUGACCCAGCGGUUCCUGAUUUCACUUUUGCUCUUCUACUUCUCAUCAAUGCAGUGUUCUGUCUUUUCUACGCAUUCCAUGGCACGCUCCGUGAAAGGAUCUAUGAGCUUUAUGUCCUUAUCAUUGCUAUCAUCGUCGUUGUCCUUUACUGUACAGUGGAGUAUGGGGUGAAUGUAAAAGGCAGAAAAACAUUUAAACUGGUGCGUAUGAUUCUAGUUUGUGUUCUGGCUCUUCCAAACAUCUUCCUAGCAUGGAAUGUGGCCCGUAACUUUGGAUACCUCCAAUUCAGGAUCGUUGGAGCCUCAGAAUUUCUACAACAUCUGUAUGCCCAGGCUUCGAUAUUUAGCUGUGCAUUGAAGUUUGAUGUUCAAGUCACGAUUAGUAUGGUUGUGCUUGUCCUGAGGAAGGGCACUGAUUUGAACAUCCUGGAACAGGUUGUACUGGGAGUCGGAAUUCCAUACUCCAUCAUCUGGAAUAUACUCGGCUCUGUUGUGCUAAAGAAAGAAUGGCUGACAGGAGCUUGGAUCUUUGCUUUCCUUGGCCUGGCUAAACCUUCAUACUAUAUCUACAAGCUGGUAAACGAGUAUGUGAAUAUUGAUGAUAACCUAGAUCAAAGCUCAACUAUCACCUACGCAAUACUGACUGCAGGUAUCCUGGCUAUACUGGUUUGGAUAAUAACAAUGGUGGAGCUAUACAUUGUGUGUAAAAACUUUGGCAACGGACUUAAAGAGAUUGCAUUUGAAACAGCAAUAUCAGAAUCGACAAGUUUGAUCACAGGAAGAAAACAGCGACUUAAUAAACAACCAGUUUGAAAAAAGUGGCACAAAUAUCCACUAGUUCAAUCAUGAAAUGAAAACUGUGACAUCAGAAUCCACCCCUUUGAUCACAGGACGACAGCUGUGGUAGAAGAAUCCAUUGGUUUCAUGAUAGGAUGAAUGAAAGUGAAAUUUUAAUCCACAACUGUGACCACAGAAAUCAGAAAGGCAAAUGUUUGUGUAUUGACAGAUAUUUCCGUAUUUUUUGAUGAUGUGAGGCGACACCUGGAGGAUAAAAUGUCUGUGAUAAUGAGUCUGUGAUAAUUGUGAACUAUUUGUGUGUGAAGACCUUGCUAGUGUAUGUACCACCUAAGGGGACUGGUCUUCUCUGUCUGUACAUUGAAUUGUCUCGACCAUUAUACUAUAUACUGGUAUAUCAUUGACCUAUCUUGCAUGUCAUUACAUCCUCGGAUGUCUAAACAUUGCAGGGUGACAAUGUCAGUACAUCCAGGGAUGACAAUGUCAGUAUGUCCUCGAAUGACAAUGUCAGUACGUCCUGGGAUGACAAUGUCAGUAUGUCCUCGAAUGACAAUGUCAGUAUGUCCUGUGAUGACAAUGUCAGUACAUCCUGGGAUGACAAUGUCAGUAUGUCCGGGGAUGACAAUGGCAGUACAUCCAGGGAUGACAAUGUCAGUAUGUCCUGUGAUGACAAUGUCAGUACAUCCUGGGAUGACAAUGUCAGUACAUCCUGGGAUGACAAUGUCAGUACAUCCUGGGAUGACAAUGUCAGUACAUCCUGGGAUGACAAUGUCAGUACAUCCUGGGAUGACAAUGUCAGUAUGUCCUGGAAUGACAAUGUCAUUACAUCCU